AUGAGAAACGUUGAAUCAGAAGUCCAGCGAAAUUACGAUGAUUUUACUUACGUACCGAAUCUGAUAUUUAAGUCCAUUGGCUACGACUUUCUGGCCACAUCGAAGCCCACAUGGCAGGAUUUCCUGCUGCGUAUCUAUUGGUUCCUUGGCUUUGCCAGCCAAUUGUAUAUGUUUUACUACUUGAUCUUGCGCACCAUCGAAUGGGAUACUCUGGCUGGGAAUCCUACCAUCAUCAUGCGAUUCGGAAUAGUCUACUUCUUUGUGCUCAACGCCGAUGUCAAGUUGAUUAUAUUCAUGUACCAUCGUCGACGACUGCGCAAGCUGAAUGAAAAGAUGCGCUCGAUCUAUCCCAGCGAAGAUGCGGAGCGUCGAGCCUACCGACUCGAUGAGUUUUACUGGCCACGCAGUGCCCGCUAUGGCGUCUAUUACUACUACUUUGUGUUCUUCUUCGUUAUGGCCAGCCCCAUUUUACAGUCUGUCGGAAUGUAUCUCUAUGAGCGCUCAACCUCGCACGGCGAGAUCAAAUUCGCCUAUAUAAGUACAUAUCCCGUUGAGCGCAUCAAGACAAUGACUCCCCUUUGGUAUGUGUUCAGCCAGGGCGUGGAUAUUGUGUUUUCGCUCUUUAUUAUGAAUGUCAGCCUGGGCACCGACAUUUGGAUGAUGUGCAUCUCGGGCCAGCUGAGCUUGCACUUUGACCACUUGGGCAGACGAUUGCAGAGUUACAGUCCGAGCAGACAAAACGGGCCAAAGGAUUGCGAAUUUUUGGCCAGCAUUGUACGCAAGCACCAGCUGUUAUUCUUACUACAUAAGGAACUCAAUGAUAUAUUCGGCAUGUUGUUGGCCUAUAAUAUAUUUAGCACGGCCAUCACACUCUGCUGCAUUGCCUUCUACACAUUGUUACAGGGCAUAACUCGGGAGGGAAUUGGUUUCUUUUUGUUCUUCAUCAGCAUUUCCGCUCAGUUCUAUAUGGUUUGCUACUAUGGCCAGCUACUAAUUGAUGUGAGUGAACACGUUGCCGUGGCUGCCUACACCCAGAAUUGGUAUAACGGCUCGUCAACCUACCAGAAGCACCUGCUCCUCAUCAUGCAACGAGCGCAGAGGCCAGCAGAGCUCUCAGCAAAAGGUGUCAUUAUUAUAUCAAUGGAAACAUUCACGAGUAUGAUGAACAUAACAUAUCGAUUUUUUACGCUUAUACGCAGAGUUCUUCUUGUUGAAACCAGAAGUUCCAUUUAG